AUGGUGGUAUUUGAAGCAUUAAGUGUAGUGCUUUUGCCUGGAGUGGUGUGCCUGAUCCCCAGUGCUAAAUGCAGCAUCAGUGAGCCUCUGCCUGUUCUUCACCAGCAGUAUCAGCCUGGAGACUUCAUCGUUGUAGGCAUCCUGUCUAAGAUCUACAUAUUCUAUACGUGUGACAUGCAGAAAAGACCAAUAGCUGCCAUUGGGGGACCAUCUUUUGCAGUUGGAGCCCACCUGACCACCAUCCUGUCCCUCUACAAGAUGCCACAGUUUAUCUAUGGCUCAACUCCAGAGACAAAUGAAAAAGCACAGGCCGUUUCAUACCAACAGAUGUUCCCAAAUGCGAACCAUCAAUACAAUGGAAUUCUCCAGUUGAUGCUCCACUUCCGCUGGACUUGGAUUGGAAUGGUGUAUACAAAUAGUGAGAAUGGUGAAAGGUUUGUACAAGAUGUGGUUCCCAUGUUUUCCCUACGUGGCAUCUGUUUUGCUUUCAUUAAACCUUUGCCAGCAAUUACUUAUUCUAAUAAUGUUUUGGCUUCUGUGGAAGCUGGGAUUGAAACAUUCAAUGUUGUUAUAAGAAGCUCUGCCAAUGUAGUGUUAAUCCAUGGUGACGCUGAAGAUAUGAUUAUUUUGAGGGUAAUCCCCACCAUAUCCCAAGUGGAAGAUGUACCACUAUUGGCAAAAGCUAAAGUGUGGGUGCUGACAGCUCAGAUACAGUUCACAUCACUUCCCUUUCAAAGGCAUGAAGACAUAGACUUCCUCCAUGGUGCUCUAUCCUUUGCAAUUCACUCAAAGGGGGUGUUGGGAUUCUGGGAGUUUCUUCAGAUGGCAAAUCCUACCUUUGACAGAGAUGAUAGCUUUAUCAAGCUGUUCUGGAAAAAUGCAUUUGAGUGUUCAUUCUCCAGCUCCAUGACAGAGGAGAAAGAUGCAGUCGUCUGCUCUGAAGAUGUUAUUAUCAAGCUCUUCUGGAAAAAUGCAUUUGAGUGUUCAUUCUCCAGCUCCAUGACAGAGGAGAAAGAUGCAGUCAUCUGCUCUGGUGAAGAAAAACUUGAAAGUCUUCCUUCAUCUUUAUUGGAAAUGGACAUGACCAGCCCCAGCUACAGUGUCUACAAUGCAGUCUUUGUGGUGGCCCAUGCUUUGCAUGACAUCCAGACAUCCAUACUCAGAUACGUAGCAGGAGAUCAUGAAGCCAAACGAAACCUUCUGAAACAACAGCUAUGGAAG